UUCAUAUAAAAUUGUUAGGUAUCAUGUAAAUUAACUGAAUAAAAAACUAUAAUAAAUUAGUAUGUGAUGUAAAAACCACUAUAAAGAUGUAAUGAUGCAAAUAAUGAUUAUUAUAAUGGAUGAAUAAACAUUAAAAGAAGUAAAUAAAUAAAUAAAUGUAAGAUAAGUAAAAAAUAUAAAGAAAGGUUAAGUUGCUGGUGGAGUUGGUGGAUACCAAAAUGGUAGAUGUCAGUAAUGUUGAUAUCCCAUAGUGCUUCGCGCGAUUGAUUUGCGCAUGUCAGUUGGCUGCAUUGCAAAUGGCGGCUCCUUGUUAUUGUUCAUGGCGUUUUAUGACUUGUCCCUUUAUAUCUGCCGAUUAUGACGAGUUUUUAAGUGAUUAACACGACACACUGUGUCCAGUGGAUGAAUUUAUUAUUGUACAGUGUUAUUUAAAUACAAUACUAUUGUAAUAAUAAGUGGAGAGCUAGUUGUUAUUGUAAUUAUCAGGAACAACUCUGAGCAGUAAUAUUCGUUACUCCAGAAGCAGAAGUGUGCUUAAGAAUUGGCUAGUUUUCAGGAGAAAUGGGGUAACGUUGUUCAACAUUAUCUUUUUCAUUCAUACGGUUUAUAAAUUAAACAACCAAGCCUGGCGUGGAUUUUAAGUCAGCUUGUGAAAGCCAGGCAAAUAAAAAAAAAUACCCAGACCUAUCCAGGCUUCUUGGGUAGUUAUGUGAUUAAUGAUUGUCAUGGCGGCUGAUAGUGAUGGUGAUCUGAUUGAGACAGUGGUAACCUGUGAAGGUGACUUAGGAGAUCCUGAAUUUCCAAAUAAAUUUAAAAUAAUUGUUGAUCGUUUGAAGUACCUGUUAUCAAAGGAAAAAGGCGAAGAUUUAAGAGUAAACAAAGUAGAACCAUGGAAUUCAGUCCGAGUAACAUUUUCAAUACCGCGCGAGGCAGCGUUGCGACUGCGAGAGCUAGCGAGCGAGGGCUCAGCGACACUAACCCAACUGGGAAUAUUAUCAGUGCAAGUGGAAGGCGACCAAGUGAUAUCCUUGCGAAUAGCGAGUCGUUUCGGGGAAGAAACUCAAGAAAUCGUGUUACACUCUGGUGGCCCACAAGACACAAGUAAAUCACGAAGUGAUACAAGCAACGGUGCAUCAUCCUCAAGCGACAGCAGUGAUGCCUUGAUGUCACUACCGGGUCCCAGUAGUGCGUGUAACAUCUCCACAAUGAUCCGAGACGUGGCUCAGUUGAUAGGAGCUGAAGGUACUGCUGAAAAACCACCACAAUUUCGCUCGCCGAACGUUGUUGCGCCGACAGACUGUGAUCCAAUCCCAACAUUUCUCGCAAAAACCGUUCAAUCAUCUUCUAACGUCAUCAGUACUAAUAUCACCAGCAAUCAAUCGUUAGCGGCUAAUUCAAAUGCCUCACCGCGAAAUAAUUACAAUGGACCAUUCCCGUUUGCCAGCAUGACACAUGCUGCCCAAGCGAUCCAUAAUCGAGAGUCGCAACAGCAACAACAACAACAACAACAACAACAACAACAACAACAACAACAACAACAACAACAACAACAACAACAACAACAACAGCAACAGCAACAACAACAACAACAACAACAACAACAACAACAAGCUGGUACAAUUAAAGCUACUCAACAAUUUAAACCACAUCACACUCAACCACCUCCGCCUUAUCCAGCCACAGAUGUCCUGGCAACCUCCCACGUGCUCCCAAUCACCACCGGACAAACUACUACUCAGUCUCCAGCUAUUCCUCAAACUGUUCCUCCCAAUCAAGUCGUCGGACAAUUCAAGACAAACUUACCCUCGACGUCUAGUAACACGUCAAACGGCAACCAAGUUGCGCUCUCCAGUCCUUUGCUUGUUAAUUUACUACAAAAUGACGGAGGCUCGCAUCCUAAUAAUAUAACAAUAUCCCAAAAAAUGCAGCCCCCGGCUUUAGUCGACGCUGCUGGUAUGAGUCGCAUGAAGCCGACUAAAAAGCCAACAGGUCGAAGGAAAGACAUGCCAAUGGCCAGUGAAUCGCCUCCUAAUUUAGACUCUCUAAGACCGGAAGAUUUAAUUGGGGGUACUGCGGGAGCUAUUGGUAAUUUAGCUUCCACCGGGCCUUCGGCUUUCGCUACUGUAAAUGUUAAUCAACCUAUGACAUUACCCCAACAACAGCAACCGGUAAAUGUAUCGACGUUGCAUACACAAGUACAAAUUCAACAAAAAUUUCCUGUGAGACAAGAACUGGCUUAUCGGCAAAACCAGGUUAUGCAUAAUCAAAUUACUGUAAGACAUCCGGUUAACGGUCAGCAGAUUAGAACGCCCUUACAGCAGCGACAACUGCUUCUUCAACAGCAGCAGUUACUAGCAGCUCAGUCGCAAAAUGUAACCAAUAAUCCGGUGUUGCAACAACAACAACAACAUCAACAACAACAACAACAACAACAACAACAACAACAACAACAGCAACAGCAGCAGCCAGUUCAACAGCAAUCUGUACCCUUGCAAUCCGUCCCAACGAACGCCCAGUUUAUUUCGCAGCCUCAGACAGUUGGGUUGAAUGUCGCUCAGCAGAGACUAGGCUACUUGAGUAACAGUCCAAGACAGCCUACUCCUCCGCCGUAUCCUAGACAAGCUCCCGCGACUGUUACUUCUACCGCGACUCAGCAGCCUCAGCCGCAGCAAGUCCAAAAUUUAAAUGUCCAACAGCAGUUACAUCACAAUCAGCUUAAAAAUGUUAAUAUAAAUACCAGUGCGACGAAUGAUUUUCGUUAUGGUCAAAGUCAAAAUAUCCUUAGUAGAAAUUAUGCUGGUAAUAAUUCACCAGGCGCAAAUGGGACCACUUCUUGGAAUCAGCCGACUGCAACUUCUUUACCGCAAAUAAAUACAAAUACUAUUGGUAGUAAUAGUAGUGUAAUAAAUACAAAUAUAAAUACUAAUAAUAAUACUAAUACUAAUCAACAACGUCUAGCAGCAGUUACAAGCCAGACAAUUACAGCUCCAGGUGCCUUUACACAACAAAAUAUUACACGCGUUAAUCACGCGACAGCUAAUAAUCCGAUAAGUUCAAAUACUAAUUUAAAUAUUCCGCAAGAGUUACCUAUUACUGAUACGAAUAAAGUCAGUGCGGGUGAUAAUAAUACUUCGGUGGUUAAUACUUGUGAAAGUAUUGAAGAAGUAAAGGAAGAUCCUGAACCGGAGUAUACUUCGUCUGGUAAAAUCCGUCAGUUUUUAAUUAAUCCGCUUACUGGGCAUUUGGAGCCAAUGCCCAGUGAAAGUUCCGAUUCCGAGCCUGAGAGCGCUGUUGACAAUCAGGAUGAUUUUUUUUCGUUUCCAUCACCAUCAAAUGACCGCUCUAAUUCAAUAUUCUCGGACGAUGACGCUGAUAGCAAUAUUUCACGGAGAAAUGACACUACGACGAACACUGACCAGUCGGAUUCGGAAAACACCGGCAAGUCUACGGGCAGUGAAGGAAGUCUUAAACACGGAAGAUUAAAGUCGGCGAGAGACAGUCCGAUGCCGGGGGAAAAAAUAAAAUUAAGGUUGAAGCUGGAAAAGUCUGAGCCGGUUACUCCUGCGUACAAGGUUGAUGUGUCGUUUGUUAACACGCCGCCUAUGAGAAAAGCUGACAAGUCGGUCAGUAAAAUUUUUACUAAUUCUGCGGCGAAUUCCGCUGGAGCGGGAGCUGCUGGUGGAGCUAGUGCUGGCUCCGGUGGUAACAGUGGGAACAGUGGAGGUGAUGAACCUCGAGUACCCCCGCUACAUAUUUCUUUAAGGGGGCGAAAUGCUUCUGUGGUGCAAAUUAGGAAGAAAGAGAAGAAAUCACUGCGUGAAGAUGAUGAUUCUGCUAAUGUUAAGAGGCGCGGGAAGUUAAAGAAGAUGAAGGAGACCACGGAUGGGACUAAACUGUUGCAGAAAAAAUCAUUGAAUAUGAUUAUUGCUGGCGGUGCGACUUCCGGGAGUAAAUUGCCCUUGAGCAACUCCGUGGUGGUUAAUACGGCCAGUGCGAAGGUUAAUAAUUCCCUGCAGGUCGGACUGGCUAAACCCAAUGCCUUGAAGGAUACUACCCAGGAUCCCUCGGUGAGGCUUCAAGUUUCGGGGGCGAGUAGCAAGCCCAGCUCGAGUAAGAGCAGUGAUGUUGAUGAUAUUCCACUUAAUAGUAGGAUACCCUCGCCUUUGAAACAUAAGACUAUUAUUACGCAGGCUAAUACGCAGGGUUUGAAUAAGAGUCAGGGGGAUGAUGUUCAGAAUCAUACUAAUGAACAUAAAAUUGGUGGAGGUAAAACAAAGAGAAGAGACUCGAAAAAGAAAAGUGAAUCCGGUGAAGGUCCGCAUCGUGAACAAAAUUUACUAUCUGGCGGUAGAAUACUGGACAAUCAAACUAAAUGGAGGAAACUUGGUUACAAAGGCGAUGCUGGUCAGCCCGUUAAUAAAAAAGCGGCUGCUGCAAACCCUGAAAUGCAUCCUAAUGAUACGGGAACAAUUAAAAGAGUCGGAGAAGUGAGACGUACGAGUGACGGUGAUGUAACUACGAAGACCGCGGACAAAGGGAACGCUCUGAGUGGCGUUACGUCGCGUGUUGGUGAGGUCAAUGGUGUCAGGAAGGAUCUUAUUAAUCAGGAAAAGAGACGAAGAUUGAGUUUAAUUGAAGAAAAAGACUUUCAUUCAACAGAAUCUCAAAAUACAGAGACGACACACAAGUCAGACUCUUCACACCCGUCAAAUUCAUCGUCAUUGGACAAUGACAGUUUAACUGUAAAGAGUACGAGUUUGCCGAGCCAAAGUACAGCUCAAAGUCAAUCACUGAGGAAACAUGAAGUUGUAAAAACAACUCCAGCAUCUUCCUCUGGUACGCCUUCUUCGCCUUCUGUCCAGCUCGACCCAACAAAGACAAAUUUAAUAGUAAAUAAAAUAAUUCCCAGUAAAAGUAAAACCGAGCUAGUGGAUAUUAAAUCAAACGCAAUUGUUAAAUCCCAAAGCGUGUUACAGAAGGUAAAUAAAAACCAUUCGCUACUAAAGAGCAGUGAAGUAACAUUAAGCAAACAUAAACUCGAGCAUCCGAGUCACAAAAAAGUAACCCAGAAUCACGUAAUAAAGUUUACUGAUCGGACUGUUGCGGCUAAAUUAGACCAGAAGAGCUUACUAAAAAGCUCCCAAGUCGAAGUAUCCAGGCCCUCGAGCGUGGAUUCACCACCCACAACCAACAAACCUCAACCACAGCAGAGUCCUAGUCUUCCAGAGGCGGCAGCCGACCGUGAAAAAGCUAAACCAAAGCUACCGGACACGGUAGUAGUGCCCAUUGGAUUAAUUGAGUCCACCGCAGAGCGCGUUGGCAAUGGCGGUGGGAAUGCCAAUGCUGGUGAAGAUUCGGGCAUCGAGUCAAUGGACGCGCUUUCUGAAAAAUCACCUAAUCAGGGUGAAUCUCCUCUUCAUCGACCAGUCACCGAGUCAUCGGUUGCUCAGAGCUCCAGCGCAGUUGGAGUUGCUCAAAAAAGUUUACCUAUUACAGCAAUAACCGGUGAUCAAUCUUCAAUAUCCAGUAAUAAAUCUAACAACGUGCCUUCCUCGACUAGCAGUGAUAUGUGUUCAAAUACGGAACUUUUAAAGUCCAAUGAUCCUAAGACAUUGAGUCCUGUGUCGGUUGAUAAUUAUCUUGACACUCAAUUAACUAGUGCUGAUUCUUCUGAGUCACAAAAAUCUUGUGAACAAUCUUUAACAUCACGAACUAAUUUAAAUAGUAACAACAGCAACAACAAUAAUAAUAAUAAUAACAACAAUAAUAAUAACAACAACAAUAAUAAUAACAACAACAAUAAUAAUAAUAAUAACAAUAACAAUAAUAAUAAUAAUGAUAAUGAUAAUGGAAGUAGUAGUAGUAAUAAUAAUAAUAAUAAUACUAGUGAUAGUAGUAGUAGUGGUAAUAAUAAUAAUAAUAACAAUAAUGAUAAUUCUAAUAAUAAUAAUGAUAAUGGUAAUAAUAAUAAUAAUAAUAAUGAUAAUGAUAAUAAUAACACUAGUAAUAGUAAUAAUGAUAAUGAUAAAAAUAAUGAUAAUAGUAGUGGUGGUAGUAAAAGUGAUGAUACUGAAACUAAUAAUGAUAAAUUAAAUGCAAGUGAUAAUAAUAAAAAUGAUACCGGUAAUGACGAUAAAAAAAAUGUAAGUCCAUUGAUAACUGCUGCUACUACUGUAGCUUACAGCGAUAAUUGUGAUGACCGAUUAUUGCAGUGUGUUAAGACAGUCUCUGGUUCAACUAGUACUGUGAGUAUGACUGAAGAAACUGGUACCAGGAGCGAGGACACCACUUGUCUUGCUGAAGUAGAAAAAAUUAAAGAAGAGGUUGAUAAGCCAGAAGAGAUGAGUAAGAGUGUGGACAAGCUUGAGGAGGUCAAGGAUAUUAAAGUUGAGAAAGAGAUACAUCAAAAUAAUAUUCCAGAAGUUGAGGAUGAAAUUAUUCCAAAGCCAGGUAGUCCGGAUAAGCUUGGUGAUUUUGAUAAAGAUGAGCAUUUAGAGGGGAAAGUUAAGACUGAAGAGCAUGACACUAGGCAGGAAAAUGUUGGUGAGGUUAAGAGUGAGCUGGCUCAGGAUGUGGUUCAAGGUUCUACGCAGCAAGUUAAAAAAGAGCUGGUUAAAAUUGAAGAGGGGAGUAAAAAAGUGGAAGAAAGUUUGCCCUCGCCGCUUGGAGAUGAUCCGCAGCCGAUAAGAAUUACACCGCCGCUUUAUACUUAUUCUAAUCCGGUUGUGCUGAGGGAUGACACUCCGAGUCCGGCUGCUCAGGUGGAUGAUAGUUCGAGUGAGGUUGAAAAUAUGAAGAGAAAGAGGAGGAGAAAACAGGAGUUGGAAGGUCGGCAGGAUGUUAUUUGCAUUGAGGAUAAUGAGGAGACACAUUUUGUUGAUAGGCUUAAUAAUCCGACGAUAAACACUGAGGAUUUUGUGAAGCGACCGCCGCCAAAGUCGCUGCUGGAACAAUUGUUGAUUGAGAUACCCAAUGACAGUAAUGAAAAACGGUCUCUGAGGACGCGGUCGCAGAAGCUCAACAGUCCGGAUAUCGCCAAGACACCUAAAAGUAGUCCGCAUGGAAUCGGCACGGCUGGAAGGGCCGAAGAGCGACGCAGUAUUUCGCCCUACGCGAAAGCUAGUCCGAAAUUGGGGGUUCCUAAAUUGUCACCCAACUCUGCUAAUCCCAGCACGCCUGCUGUAACUGGAACUGUUAAUAAAAAUAAACGACGGAGGCUGGAGAGCGAAAGUUCGGUUGCGUCCAGUGCUGAUGAACCGCCUCAGAAACUUGGUAAGAGAAAAUCUUCGGAAAAUGCUGCGGAGUUGAUCAAAGUUUAUAUGGGUGUUGAGGAAACUGGGAAUAUUAAAAAACAACUCCAUAAAGAUGAACAUUCGAAGAAGGGUUACAGCAUACUUACCAAGGCUAAGAAAGGUCCAAUUUUAGUCGACGUGGAAUCGUCAGAUGAUGAACCUCUUAUAGACAUGGCGGCAAAAGCGAGAAUGCGGCUGACUGAUGAAACUGCGUCGUCAAAGCUCAAAGAACAAAAAUCAACACUGAGUACUCCAGUGGGAGGUCAAUUAAACUCAAGUAACGUAUCGAAUUUUAAUGCAACACGUGUUCAAAGGGAGAGUAGACUAUUAACGACAAAGCAACCGGGCAAUGUUAAUUCACUGUCAGUGGGGAAAGAACGGCUGCGUGGUACAUCUGUGUCCAGCAAUGAAUCCGUUGGUGAGGUUCCGACCCGCAGGUCUGUAAGACAAAGCGCGGUUUCACCUCUAGCAACCCCGGCCAGCAACACUAGAGGCGCGACUAGGACCAUAGUGGAAGACGUUAACAGAAGAAAAACGCGGAGUGGUGCUGUGACAGCUGAGACAGCAGAACAGGCGAAACGGAGACGAAUAUCCCGAGAAAACAAAUGACCUUCGGGAAGCGACCUUGACAGUGAUUAGCUAUCGUCGCUCGUCAAGGCAUUUAUUGUCUGGUUAUUUGUCUAGUGCCAACGGUUAUUUGAUAUCGCCGUGUGGCUGGACCCCACCUGGUGAAUAAUCCCAUGUACGUGUCAAAUUGCGCACAACUUAUUAUUAUUAUUAUUAAAUUAAAUUAAAUAGCAUUAAAUUAAUAAUUAUAUUGAAUUGCAUAUUACCAUAAACUAUUUCAUGAUCCAAAAUCAGUCUCAAAUAGAUAAAAAUAAAUAAAUAAAUAAUUAAAUUCAUGUCCGGAGUAAAGCGCACGGACGUGUUAUGACACUUGAUCUCAAUGUGUUAUGUGUUAUUAAUUAUUAAUUUAAAAUUUGCAUAAGCAUUUAAUGCUUCCGUGAGCUUUGAGCUCCGCUUUCGUUUUACUAUACUGUCGCUUAACGAAUGUGCUCUUUACUUUAAGACCUAACGUAACAGUUUUAAACUGCCGAGUUGUUGAAAUAUAUUUAUUAAUAUUAAUAAAUAAUUACAAAUCCCUGUUAUAUUCUUAUUACAAUUAAAAUAGUUGCGAUCUGUGGUCGUGUUCAGAGAUAAUUAUUGAUAAUAAUAAAUAAUAAUAAUAAUAAAUAAUAAUAAUAAUAACAAUAACAAUAUAUAAUAGAUAAUCAUCAUGAAAGUUUGAUAAAUAUUUCGCAAUUUAAAUAAUAAUAUUUAUAUUUCACUAUAAUCGUAUGUCCGUAAUUAUUCGUGGAUUAUUUUUUGUACAAAAAAAAAUAAUUAUUAUUAAUAAUUAAAAAAACGACAUGUAGACUGGGUCAAAGAGCUACGGAAAAAAUUUUUUAAUUAAUUUAAUAAAU